AUGGGUGACGAAGAGAAGAUUAUGUUGAAAUUUUGUUGCUUGUUGUGGGUGUUGGUGAUUGGCAUGUUGUGGAAUGUCACGGCACAAGACUACAACGAAGACGAUGGUGGCAUGGUAGAUGCGUUUGCUCCCGAUGCAGUUGGGGGAGGGAUGGUUCCCGCGAUAUUUAUAUUUGGAGACUCGCUAAUUGACAAUGGGAACAACAAUGAUUUGACUUCUUUUGCAAAGGCCAAUUAUUAUCCUUACGGCAUUGACUUCAAUGGAGGUCCUACUGGUCGAUUCUCCAAUGGUUACACCAUGGUUGAUGAAAUAGCGGAAUUGCUAGGGUUGCCACUAAUACCAUCCUACUCCCAAGCAUCAAAUUCUGGCGAUCAAAUGGUUAAUGGUGUCAAUUUUGCUUCUGCGGCCGCUGGAAUCCUUGAUAUUACCGGCCGGAAUUUUGUGGAUCGUCUCCCAUUCAACCAACAGAUUAAGAACUUCGAGGACGCAUUGGAUCAACUAACGGACCACUUGGGUGCAGUGGAUGUGAGUCAGGUGCUCUCUCAAAGCCUGUUCUUUGUUGGAAUGGGUAGCAAUGACUACCUAAACAACUAUCUCAUGCCAAAUUACCCUACGCGCAACCAAUAUAACGGCCAACAGUUUGCAGACCUCUUGUCCAAGGAGUACACUAGUCAACUCACUAAACUUUACAAUCUUGGAGCCCGGAAAUUUGUUUUGGCUGGGAUAGGACUGAUGGGCUGCAUUCCAAGCAUCAUUGCACAAGGAACGACAGGGAAGUGCUCCGAGGAUGUGAACCAGCUUGUUCUCCCUUUCAAUGCGAACAUGAGGACAAUGAUUAACAACUUAAGCACCAAUCUCCCUGGUUCAAAGUUCGUCUUCAUAGACGUUCAUAACAUGUUUCAAGAUAUACUUUCUAAUGCAAAAUUUUAUGGAUUACGAGUGGUGAAUAGAGGAUGUUGCGGGAUAGGUAGAAAUAGAGGGCAGAUAACAUGUUUACCAUUCCAAACCCCGUGUCCGAACAGGAGUGAGUAUGUGUUUGGGAUGCAUUUCACCCAACAGAAGCAGUGA